UUCGUCUGUGGGCAAGUUGGGGCCAGCAUCACCUGCGCAGAGCCGGGAUGUGAGAGGAGCUUCCAUCUCCCCUGCGCCUACGAGGGCCAGUGUGUCACCCAGUACUUUGGAGAGUUCAGGUCCUACUGCUGGGUCCAUCGUCCGCGUCAAGCAUUGGAACCAGCAUCAGCGCAGGACAAGACCUGCAUCAUUUGCAUGGAGCCCAUGGAUGACAGCGGGUCGUACACCACCAUGUCCUGUCCAGCCUGCCAACACGCCUGGUUCCACCGGGCCUGCAUCCAGAGAACGGCCCUGUGUGCAGGGAUUUACUGCUUCCAGUGCCCUGCAUGUAGAGACAGACACACAUUUCUUCAAAACAUGCGGAGUGUGGGGAUCCGAAUCCCAUUCAGAAUGCCAGUAUGGGACAACGAUGCUUAUGCAGCGCUGGCAGUUUGGUAUCGACGGUGCCAUGCCAGCAACUGCCUUUACCCCCAAGGCAGAUUACGGUCAGGAGAGGGGCCCUGGCAGCUGCUCCUCUGCAGCUCCUGUGGCUGCACGAGGAACACACCGCCACUGCUCCAACCUGAGUGAUAGCAGAACCGAAUGGGAUUGCAACGCCUGUGCCUGGAGAGGGCACCGGUAAGAGGCAAACAGCCGCGUGCUGCUGGGCUGGGGCCAGGCCAGGCCUGGCAGCGGCUGCUCAGAGCGGCCCUGCUCAAAUCCCUCCAUCCCGGGAUAAACGGGAGCCAGUUCCACCCAUGGCUGGAAUUCCAUCC